AUGUUAUGCGGGGUGCGAAAAAAAUGGAAGCAACCGAGACAUGCGGGGGACAUACUCAGUGUGACUGUGACCGCCGACAACGAACGCAUUCUCUCUGCCGACGCCAAGGGCGCCAUCAAGUGUUGGCAAGCGGAAACAGGAGAGCAGCUGUUGUCGUGUAACGGACCGUCGCACCUCGUCGCUGUGACUCCAGACAGUAAAUACGUGUUCUCCAGCGACGGAGAUCACAGCGCGCGGCUGUGGACACUCAGUGACGUCAACGUUGUACAAAAGAUCACGCACGCGGACAUGAUCACGUGUGUGACGAUGGCGAGCGACUCCAAGUACACGGUCACUGGUUCCCUCGACAUGAGUCUCAAGAUAUGGGAGGUGGCCACCGGAAAACUCACUCAGGUUCUCGUGGGCCACGAGGGCACGGUGAGCUGUGUGGCCAUCGCCAACCACUACCAGUUCGUUAUCUCCGGCUCCCAUGACAACACGCUCAUCAUCUGGAACCUGCAGACGGGCAGCGCGCGGCUGCUGCUGCACGGCCACCGCGAUCACGUGACAUGCGUGAAGCUGACGGCAGACGCGAGCAUAGCGAUAUCCGGUGAGGACGCGCUGACGCAGGGACGCAGGAAUGCGGCGACGCAGGGAUGCAUAAAUGUAGUGACGCAGCGGCGCAAAGACACGCUGACGCAGGGACGCAGGGAUGCGGUGACGCAGGAACGCAGGGAUGCGGUGCCGCAGGAACGCAGGGACGCAGGGAUGCGGUGA